AUGCGGUUUUUAGGUGUUUUGAAUGCGAGCAACGCGAGGAGAAGUCAGAGCAGCAUGAGUAGUAAUACGAAUACUACUACGAACUACGCGAUCGUCGGGUUAGGAAACCCGGGGAAACGAUUCGAAGGGACGAGACACAACGUCGGUUUUGAAGUGAUUGAUUCUUUGCGCAAGAAUGGCGGAAGCAAGUUGUUGGAGAAAAGCUGUUCUUCUUCUUCUUCUUUGAGUUCUUCUUCUUUGCGGUUGCAAAACAACUCGUCCGUGAACAGCGAGAUAUCCGACGUCGUUUUAGCCGAGUAUAUCGUGAACGACGAAGAAGAAAACGAAGGAGACGAUGACGAGUCUAAAUCGCCGUCGUCGUCGACGCGAGUGUCGCGCAAAAUCGUCCUCGCGAAACCGCAAACGUUCAUGAACGUCUCUGGAACCGCGGUGAGGAAGAUCAUGCGGAAAUACCGCGUGCCGAUUGAGAACGUCCUCGUCGUCUACGACGACUUGGACACGAAGGUUGGUCAGAUUCGGAUUAAGAAGUCCGGAUCUCACGGUGGACACAACGGGAUUAGAGAUAUAUUGGAUAUUCCGAGAGUGAAGAAUGCGUUUCCUAGAGUGAGAGUAGGGAUUGGUAGACCGGAAAACGAGAGCGUGCAAGUGUACGAACACGUGUUGUCGAAGUUUCGAGAGGAAGAGAGAGGGGAGAUUGACAAAGCGGUGGAAAAAGCCGCGGCGGCGGUGGUGGACAUUUUACGGUUCGGGGUGGACGACGCCAUAGCGAGACAGAACGGGAACGUGCCGAAGAAGAAGAAUAAGAAUAAAGGCGGCGGCGAUGGGACGAAGAAGUUGAAGGUCAAAGGCGGUCAGCCUGUGGCGGUGGCAUUCAAGGUUUCCGAGGACGGAGAAAAAGUCGAAGUGGAUAUCUUCGCGAGGUCUUCGAGGAAGAAAGAAGUAGUAGCGGUAGCGGCAGUAGAGGAAGCGGACGAUGUAAAAUAA